CAGUUUUGAAAACAACACCGCGAAAAGUAGCUUGGCUGCUAACAACAACUUGUGUCUUAACGUUAUCUAAAAUGUUUUAAGUCUCAAUUUUAACUCAAAGAAACCUCCUGUUUAUUGUUGCUUCUACUACAGUUAACUUAGCCGGACAAUAUCACACUGCGUUACGUUAAUAUUGGCUACAUUUUGCUUUAAAGCUGUUAAUUAUUUACAUUAGAUAGCAGAUAUGAAGCCCGUACGUGGUUCCGACCGGGCCGCAACUAAAGCACCUAACGUGAAAAACAAGAAAAAACCAGCAACUGAGCACCAGGAUCCGGAGCCCAGUGGCAGUAACCACGACAAGAGCACUCACCCAAAACCAGCACGGAAGAGGAAAGCUGGAGGCUCAUCUUCAGUCCCUGACAAAGUCAAAGGUCAGACAAACUGGAAGCCGAUGCCGGUGUCCUCCAUCACUGCUCUGGAGAACAUGAUGGACCUGUCAAUACUAGCAACUCUUGCUUUGAAGCGGACAGAGAAGAAAGAGAGCCAGGAACAUCUGAACAUAAUGAAAGCCACCUUCCUUGCUCAAUGUGCACAGCUCAAAGUUCCAGUGCAGAAACAAAAAGAUUUGAAACAUUCAUCUCACAGCCACCAGCAGGAAACCAAGAAGUCAGCGGUCGGAAAGACGACUCUGAACAACCUGGAGGAAGACUUGAGGGCUGUGGUCAGCGCUCUGGAGAAGACAGAGGAACAAACUGUCUCUUUACAGCAUAAUUGCAUUAUGCUGAGAGACCAGGUGGAGGAAGAGGAGGAGAAAGCAAAAGAGAUCUUACAGAUACAUGAACAAACAGUUCUCAACCUUCCUACACUCCCACUGCAAAAAGAUGAAACAUUAGAGGCUCGGAUGAGAAAAAUUAUACCAGACAGUGACUCUGAGACUGCGGCCCAGAAACUGGGAGAAAUCCUGCAGCAGUCAGAGGCCGUCCAGAAUGCCCAGGUGCUGCUUCUACAGGCACACACACAUGCUGAUCAGCUCUUCAAGCCUGGCUUCACCUCCAUCAGUGGUGCACCUUGUUCAGACUGGAACUUGACCAAAUCUCUGCUGACACAGGUCUGAAAAAGGCCUUAUAAAAACAACCGUUCUGGGCUACUGUAGAGACAUGGCUGUUCAACAUGGCUGCAUUCGCAGAAGGCGACCUGCGGUGUCUGUUAAUUAAAAACAGCUCAUUCUAAUGUAGCAAGAACACAACAAUUUUUAUUUUCAGGUGAAUAUACACACGUAUUUGGAAAAUUUUCUGAAGAUUUGGAAGUUAAAUUAUUAUUUCUUUCUAAUGCCACUAUUAGAUAUUUCUAUUCAAUGCUUUGUUUAUGUGCCACAGUAAUGUAAUGCUUUUGAAAUAUUUAAAAAUAUUGUCAUUUGUGGACCUUUCCAAGAAAAUAUUGAUUAUAUAAGAUCCUUUACAAUUAAAUGAGCAAAUAUUUCUGCUACCCCUUAAGGUCUCCAUGCCACCCACUGGCCACCCUCUAGAUUCUCCCCUACAUAUAGGUAGAAAAAAUAAGACAAAACUAUUUCAUUCAUUUAAUUUCUCCCUUAAAAUGCAAUAAACUGGCAUCCACACUCUACACUAUGCACUUGCAUUUCUGCAUUUUAUUAGAUUAUUUUUUGGCAUUUUGCCUUUAUUGGAAAGUGUACAGUCUAGAGGCAGACAGGAAACAAGGAGGGGGGGUUGUAGUUUGUGUGUUAACCAUUGAACCUUUUUAAGUUUCAGUAUUUUACAGCUUUCAAGUUUAUGUGAAAGUUGUAAUUAAAACAACUGUUACACUGCAA